GGCCCUAGGCCCUCACUGUUUCAUCUCAUUCUUCUCCUCACGUAUCCCUUUCACAGUAACCUUUGAGUUUUGCUUUCUUUUUUGGUUCCAAGUGCCUUGUGGUAUUUGUCUUUUAAUACCCUCCCAUCUUGCAAUCUGCAAAAGAAAUCAAUUCUCACACACUUGCUUUUAAAUUCUUUAUUCCAUUUCUUCAGCAAUCAGCUCCCCAAGAUUCUCAAUUUAACAGAUUCUAUCAUUUAUUCUUUUGAAAAUUGUUGUUGGAGAGUUCUGUUUGUUUGUUUUUUUUGGGGGGGGAAGGGUUCUUCCAUGAAAGAAGCUCAAAUGACAAUCCCUCACUUAUUUAGAUGCCCAAUCAGUUUGGAUUUGUUCUCAGAUCCUGUCACUCUCUCUACAGGCCAAACUUACGACCGAUCAAGCAUCGAAAAGUGGUUUGCUUUUGGUAAUCUCACUUGCCCCGUUACAAUGCAAAAGCUCCACGAUCCAUCCCUUGUUCCCAAUCAUAAUCUUCGCCAUUUGAUUGAACAAUGGCGUCAAAUGGGUCAUCACUUCCACCCUGAGUACUCCACGACCAUCGACCCUUCACUCUACCUGAAGCGCAAUCUUGAAUCUCCCCAUUCCACCUUACAAGACAAGCUUCAAACGCUGGAAAAAAUCCGAGUUCUAAUGGAUAAAACUCCGUCUAAAACUCCCUUUCUGCUUCAAAUAGGUUUCUUGCCUUUACUUUCACAACUACUUUUCGGAAAAUUAGACCCUCAAUUCUCCGGAAAGUAUGCGGACUUUGAGGAGAAGUUGCUUUCCUGUAUUCUGAAGUUGAUCCCCUUCGGCGAAUUCCAGUGUCUGAAUAUGCUUAAAGAAGCGUCCAAGUUGGAAUCUUUCCUAGUUUUGUUUGAAAAUGGGAGUGGCAUGAUGAAGCAAAAUUUGUGUCGUCUUGUUGGGGCAAUCUCAUCAUCCCCGGAAACCAGGGAACUUUGCGCAAUGAUAGGAAGAAACCACCGGUUUUUACAAGGAAUUGAUCAUCUUAUUCAGCAGAAUUUCGAGACAUCGGAGGCCGGAAUCGAGGCCAUUUCAGCAUUGUGUUGCUUGGAAUCAAACAGGGAAAGUUUGGUCCGAGAAGGCCUAAUCAAUGGCCUGAUAACGUAUAUUUUGAACACGGAAACAAAGGAGAGAAGCUCCUCGGGAACAGCAAUGAGAACACUGGAAGAACUUGUGGGGAGUGAGAGGUCAGGAAAAGAGGCCCUGAUAAAGGAUCCCAGAGGGGUUAAAGCAGUGGUUAAGAUGGUUUUCAGGGUGUCGGAUCAUGGAGGGAGUGAAAGCGCUUUGAACUCAUUGAUAAUGGUGUGUUAUGAAUCGUUGGAAGCAAGGGAAAAGGCAAUAGGUGCUGGAGUGUUGACGCAGUUGCUGUUGCUGCUACAGAGCCAGUGUAGUUGUAGGAUAAAAUCAAAGGCAAGAACAUUGCUCAAACUGUUGAGGUCCAAGUGGGACGAGGAGCAAUAACAUGUUUUUUAGGACAAAUCAUAUCUGUUUGUCGGGUCUUACAUUACAUAUGUUGUGUGUUGGAUUCACUUCCCUCUAUCACUUUGUUUCUGUGCAGCAAAUAUCAAUUAAACCAAAUUUAGCAGCUUAGUUUGUGUAAUCACCAGUAAAUGUUUGGGAUUCAAAUUCCGAAGUCUUCAAUCCGUUAAAAAAUCAUAUGUAAGCUUCUCAAUCGAUGAAAAAUAGUGUCAAUAAUGGCAUAAUUAUUGCAUUAACAAUUAAA